AUGGCGGUCCUUCUCCUUUCCUUCUUCCUCCCGGGCUUCAGCGCCCACCCAGAAACCGAGCGACUGAUCCAAGACAUCUGCCACCGAGUGGAUAAUUUUCAGUUCUGCAACGCCACCAUGAAGGCUAACCUCCCAGCCGACAUCGGCGACCUGGCUAAGUUAUCCAUCUCGGUGGCUCUGGACUACGCCACCAACACGAAGGGGUACGCGGAGGAGCUGAGGCGACACGCGACUGACAAGGCGCUGAAAUUCUAUCUGACGAUAUGCUCGAACGCUUACGGUGUGGUGAAAGACUCCUUCACGGCGGGGGAGAAGCAGUUUGGUAAAGCGGAUUUCGCUGGUGCGGAGGAGAGUGAGAAGAAGGCAGUGCAACCCAUCAAGGACUGCGAUUUUAUCUUCACCAGGCCACCCCAGCGGUCGAACCCAUUGCAGGAGAGGAACGAGCAGAUGAGGGAGAUCAUUCAGACAGCCAUCACUGCUCUGCAAAGCUUUCUUCCUUGA